AUGGAGGCGGUCCCUGCUCUCCGAAGAUGCCUGCUGGCACAAUGUCGUCGCCCAUCAUCACGACCGUCUCCGGUCUUCCUUGACUUCCUCGCCCCAACGGCCCUGCGUUCCCACCGAUACGCCUCGACGACCGGGACUGCCGGCACCUCCAAGCCUCGAUAUGUUCUCAGCAAGACUCAGCGCGAAUUUUUGGACAGUGCGUUGCGAGUCAACCAAGCCGGUGAACUCGCCGCAACCCUCAUCUACACCGCGCAGAACCCACAAGUGGUCCGGUCUCACCCGCACCUCCGGCCAUUGAUGAAGCACAUGUACGACCAGGAAGCAGGCCACCUAAAGACAUUCAAUCACCUCAUCGCGAAGCAUGAGAUCCGACCAACUGCCAUGUACCCGGUCUGGGAGGCUGCUGCGACUUUCCUAGGGUGGUCAACUGCCGCGCUAGGCAGAGAAGCUGCAAUGGCAUGUACUGAGGCGGUGGAGACGGAGAUUGGGUCACAUUAUAACGACCAAGUGAGGGAAAUUCUUUCGUGGGAGGCUGAUGCAGAGAGGAGGGGCGAAGAGCUCGAUGAUGAGUUGAAGGAGAUGCUAUCCACAUUCCGGAGGAUUCGGGAUGAGGAACUUGAGCACCUAGACCACGCCGUCGCCAACGAUUCCAAGGAGGCUAAGCCUUACGAUCCACUGGUGGAUGUAAUUCGCCUUGGUUGCAGGACUGCCAUCAAGAUCAGCGAAAAGGUGUGA